AUGGCUGCCAAGUACAAAGUCAGAUCAAUCAGCCUUCCCUUAAGAUCACCCCCCUCCACUCUUAGGGUUGAAGAACAGCUGAGUAGGCUCCAAACAUCUUCAUCUUCUGCUUCAAUCUGCAAAGAUCUAUGUGGACUAGAGGAGUUGUAUGAUUGUGUGGAUGAUCUUUUACAGAUGGCAUCAACCCAACAACUCCUUUCUCAUUACCAACAAGACAAGUGUAUGGAUGAGUUGUUGGAUGGAUCACUGAGGCUCUUGGACAUAUGUGGCAUCACAAGGGAUGUCAUGUCACAAAUCAAGGAACAUGUUAGAGACCUUCAAUCUGCUCUUAGGAGGAGAAAGGGAGACUCAAGCUUCAUUGCAAAUUACAAUUGCUUCAGAAAGAAGAUGAAGAAGGAUGCCAAGAAAUUGAUCACAUCACUGAAGCAAGUAGACAACAAAGCAUCACAACAUCUAGAACAAGAUCAGCAUGCUUCCGCGGUAACUCGAGUUCUUAAAGAAGUGUUUGGUAAGAACAUGUCUAUCUUUCAAUCCCUAUUGGUCUUCCUAGCAGUUCCAGUCUCAAAGCCAAGGUCAAAAAAGUGGACUUUGGUAUCAAAGUUUAUGCACAAGGGAGGGAUAGCAUGUGAAGAUCAGAAUGAGGAUAUUAAUGGCCAUGAGUUGGAUGUUGUUGAUGCUGCUGUCUACUCUCUAUGCAAAUCUUCAUCGACUCCUACAGAAGGUGAUAAUGUUGAGAAGAUUCAAAACGCACAUAAAAAAUUGGAGGCUUUGGAAGUCACCGUUGAAGGCCUUGAGAAUGGUUUGGAUAGCGUUUUUAGGCGCUUGAUUAAAACAAGAGUUUUUCUUUUGAACAUAAUCUCACAAUGA